AUGGAAAAAGACAAUCUUUUCGUGGCCGAGGAAGAAGACGUGUCGCAGUCGCCUGCUUCUGAAGAGUACCACGACUUCACCAAUCCCCUGCAAGGCGACGAAGACCCCAUCAUACAGAGCAUCCCGCUUGUACACGCAAAACUCCCAGACCGAGCAUCCCAAUCGAUCCAUGUCUUGCAGUACACGGGCAAAGCGAAAAACGCACCGUUUGUGCACGACCAGCUCAAGGCGACCAUGAAGCCCGAAAGCAAGGUGGUGGAGGUGAAAAUCCCAAUGGACACCCUGAAGUUCUACGACGAAAGCCGCACGGAAGAAUUGGGUUCUCGUGUGGAGACGUUGGCGCUUCAAGGCGUCUUGACCAACACAGACGGCGGCCUUUACGUAGGGAAAGUGGUGGAAAAAGAAGGCGGCCCGCAGAUAGUGUUGCUUCCGCUCGAUAGCACAGCCCAGCUCCGGCCGCUGUUCAAGUACAUUGACGACUUGGACACGGCCAGAACCGCGCAACUCAGACAAGAGUCAUCGUCGUCGGAUCCUCUGAAGCAAAACGCGGCGGUCCAGGUUCUUCAGACGGCAUCGAAGGCGGGGCAGAUGAGUGCAGAUGGACAUUCGGCCCAGAUAGGCUCGUGCUUGAAACACAUUAAGAAAUUCAACGAGGAAGAGUGGCAGUCGCUCAGCUGGCGCAAUGGCGAGGACAGCGCGUUGAUGAGCUUGAAGGAGCGCUUGGUGUCUCCGGAAGUGGCACCUGUCUCUGUCAGAACGGUGUUUGACGAGUUUGCCUAG